AUGACUCUGCCCAAAGAAUGGUCAAGCAAGUUUGAUGAUGAUGACAGAGAAUCUGCUGGCAAUGGAGGAAUAGCUGCAGGUGAUGGAGGAAUAGCUGCAGGUGAUGGAGGAAUAGCUGCUGGUGAUGGAGGAAUAGCUGCAGGUGAUGGAGGAAUAGCUGCUGGUGUUGGUGGAAUAGCUGCUGGUGAUGGAGGAAUAGCUGCAGGUGAUGGAGGAAUAGCUGCAGGUGAUGGAGGAAUAGCUGCAGGUGAUGGAGGAAUAGCUGCAGGUGAUGGAGGAAUAGCUGCAGGUGAUGGAGGAAUAGCUGCUGGUGAUGGAGGAAUAGCUGCAGGUGUUGGUGGAAUAGCUGCAGGUGUUGGUGGAAUAGCUGCUGGUGAUGGAGGAAUAGCUGCAGGUGAUGGAGGAAUAGCUGCAGGUGAUGGAGGAAUAGCUGCAGGUGAUGGAGGAAUAGCUGCAGGUGAUGGAGGAAUAGCUGCUGGUGAUGGAGGAAUAGCUGCAGGUGAUGGAGGAAUAGCUGCAGGUGAUGGAGGAAUAGCUGCUGGUGAUGGAGGAAUAGCUGCUGGUGAUGGAGGAAUAGCUGCUGGUGAUGGAGGAAUAGCUGCAGGUGUUGGUGGAAUAGCUGCAGGUGAUGGAGGAAUAGCUGCAGGUGAUGGAGGAAUAGCUGCUGGUGAUGGAGGAAUAGCUGCAGGUGAUGGAGGAAUAGCUGCAGGUGAUGGAGGAAUAGCUGCAGGUGAUGGAGGAAUAGCUGCUGGUGAUGGAGGAAUAGCUGCAGGUGAUGGAGGAAUAGCUGCUGGUGAUGGAGGAAUAGCUGCAGGUGAUGGAGGAAUAGCUGCUGGUGAUGGAGGAAUAGCUGCUGGUGAUGGAGGAAUAGCUGCUGGUGAUGGAGGAAUAGCUGCAGGUGAUGGAGGAAUAGCUGCAGGUGAUGGAGGAAUAGCUGCUGGUGAAUGGUGA